AUGGCUUACCAUAGCCUUUUCAACGAUAGCGGUGACCGGUAUCGACUCUGUUGUGGAUGUCCUCUUAUACCACUGAACGUAUCGAGCGCAGCACCGAGCGAUGCAGACGGCACAACCUUGGAUCCGAUUGACGAAGCAAUAGAGCUUUUUAGGCCAAACUCGUUAUUCAAGAGUUUUGACAUCCGCGGACCUGGUGACAAGCUUCUGGUCUACCUCAUCUUGUUCAUCAACAGUUGCCUUCGACAGCGCAAGCCGCCUCCCAGCCGCGAGGAGGCCCGCGCGCUUCUUUUCGCCACGGCGCAUGACCGGUUUCCGCUUCCGGGCCAGGCGGGCUUCCCUCUCGGUGCGCUGAUGCUGGCCCCGGCAAGCAGGGAGGAAGAGGAGACCAUUCGCAGCUACCUGCGGCAAUGUCGGGAGGAGGCGGGUCGCCGCCUCUUGGAAAGACUGUAUGCCGCACCGGGCGCCGCCGGCGGUGAAGGUGGUACGGCCGUCGCGGCGGCGCCCAACCGACAUUGGCUAGCGUUCGCGAACCGCAGAUUUCUGGACCGAACCAUCUGA